AUGUCUACCAUAACACAUCGAUCAUAUAUGGGAACAAUGAAUUUUGGGCAGAUGUUGGCACAUGAAGCCCGACUUAAUGGACUUCAUCGAUUAUUUAAAACGCAUUACAAUGUACCUGAACCAUCUCUUGUACUUCAGCCGUAUUUAUUUUUAGGUAAUUGUAUAUCGGCUCAUGAUGUUCAUCGUCUAUCAAGAUUAGGCAUUCAUUAUAUACUCAAUGUUGCUAAACGUGAUGUUGAAUUAUGCCCAUAUUAUUCAAAAGAUAUGCGUGUACUUACUAUUGAUCUUCGUGAUGAUGAUCGAGAAAAUAUUAUAUGUAUAUUUGACCAAGCGUUUGCAUUUAUUGAUGAAGCUAGGCGAGCAAAUUCUCGUGUACUAGUUCAUUGUAGUCAUGGACAAAGUCGAUCACCUGCAAUUGUUAUUGCUUAUCUUAUGCGUACAUAUCAUGUACCAUUAGAACAAUGUCUUACGCAUGUUGUUAAAGCUCGACCAUGUGUCAUACCAAAUGAUGGUUUUUUAAAACAAUUAAUUUUGUUUGAUCGUGUACUUGUUGAAAAACGUCGACAUCAAGAACAACAACAACAACAAAAUAUGGGUACAAUAAGAAAUAUAAAGAGUGCAAAAGCAAUUGAGAUUCCAAUCAAACAACAAUCACCUGAUGCUCCUCAUCCUGUACCACCACCACUUUCAACUGAAUCAAAUUCAUCACCAAGCUCUGCUAGUUCACCUCCUGCUACUGCUGCUGCUGCUACUACUACUAUUCAUAUAUCGUCAGUAGAUUCGUCAUGUAUAAAACUAUUGGCAAAAAAACAUGUUCAACCGUCCAAGACAAACACUGAUUCACCAAAAUCAAAUAUUCAGUUACCAAAGGAAGAUGUUCAAACAUCAAAACCAAAUACUCCAUCGCCAAAAUCCCAUACUCCAUCACCAAAAUUCAAUACUCCUUCACCAAAAUUUAAUAUUCCAUCACCAAAGUCCACUACUCCAUCACCUAGACCCAGUACCCCAUCACCAAAAUCCAAUACUUCAUCACUAAAAUCCAAUACUUCAUCAAUAAAAUCCAAUACUCCAUCAUUAAAAUCCAAUACUCAAUCACCAAAAGAAAAUGCUCAACCAUUAAAACCAAAACCUCAAUCACCAAAAAUAAAUAAUCAUUUUCCAACAUCAAAUAUUCAGCCAUCUGGAAGUACGAAAUCAAUGCAAAUUAUUCCAAUUGACUACUCAACAAAAAAAGAACGUAGUUCAGAAAAGGUUAAACGGGUUCCAAGCAAGAAAGCAUCAUCUGACAAUGAAGUUGUUAUAGAAAAUAGGCAUAAGAAAAUUGAUAAAUACGAAAGAAUUGGUACAACAAAAUUACCAAAAAGAAAUCGACUUACAACAUCUUCAUCACAUAACGAAUUAAUGUUAUUCAGUAAAAAGAAAUCAAGUACAAAAAAAAUAACAGAUUUUAAACGACUUUCACCUACAAUACGAGGAUCUCAUAAAGAUCAUGCUCCUUCUUCAUAUGGCAAUCAACAUCAUAAACCUGGUCGUAAUACAAUUCGACAACAUUUAAAUUUUACCAAUAGCUAUGCAAACAAUUAUUAUGGUUCUAUUGGACACGUACAAACAAAUUAUAUAACGGAAAUCUAUGAUAGAGUAGCAAAACGAUUUGUUCCAGCUACUUCCUGUUAUUAA